AUGCCUGGUCCUGCUUGGCUGCGCCCGGGAAAGAAGAUCCUGCAGAGUAUCCGUGUCACCGCCUUUGUCCCGGGGCCGGAGAGAGCGGCGGGCGGCGGGAUGGAGCGGGCGGCCCGUCCGGGAGGGAGCAGGCCGGGCGAGGAGGGCGGGCCCGGGGACGGAGCCGCCCGACCCCCCGGACCGCCGCCCCUCCUCCGGGACCGGGCCCUGGUCCUCGUCCUCGUCCUGGCCCUGGCCCUGCCCGGCCCCGGAGCCUCAGAUGAGCUGCUGCUGGACCCCUCCGAGGGCUGGCUCCCAGACGGGACCUCGGAACCCACGGUCGAAGCCAAGCUCACGCCAGGAGCCCCGGGGUCCAGCUUUCUCCACGGGGUCUUCGCCCCGGCCGUCACGCCCCUUGGGCCGCCUGCAGACGGGUCCGGCGGUGAGGCUUCCGGCGGCGAGGACGGGUCGGACCGACCGAGCCCGGCCCGCUCGGACGUCCCCGCUUGGCCACCCCUAGAGACCUGGAGGGUGGCGGGGCUCGCCCCGUCUCUGCCCGUCACGCCUUUGCCUGAGGAUGAGAUGAGGUCAGUCUUGCCGGGGCCCCGGGAGGCCGAGUACCUCACCACCCUGUCCAUCGGGGCCGGGGGCCGGUUGACCCCGGUGUCCGGCGUGGGCUCCAAGCUCUACAGCCCGGACGCUUUGGCCAUAUCACCCAGUCCCCUGCCUCCGUACGGCUUCCAGCUCUACACCGACGCCCUGGCCGUAUCGCCCAGCCUGCUCCUGUCGGAGGGGAUGCCCCCAGCCUCUCCACACGGUGGAAGUGAGGAAUGGAGUUCCCCAUCCGCAGCAGGAGGGGAUGAUGACGGAAAGCGACGGUCAGCGUCCAGUGGUCCACCGGGAUCGUCAGCUCAGCUGGCAGCGGGGACUCUGAUCCCGACGACCCCUUCUGGGGAUGAGACCGGCGGCUUCAGCCUUGUCCCCGGAAUCACUCCAACCUUGGAUUCCACCCAGCGACCGGCCACUCUUCUGUCUGCUUCCCUCUCCGUCCAGUCAGCCGGGAUUUCGGCCUCCCCCUCAGCUCCCGGCUGGCCUGCCAUCCCGGGGCUCUCUCCCGGCUCCUCCGUGGGGACCGCCGAGCCCCCCACCAGCCCAGUGGCCGCUCCGAGCCGUCCCGAGUGGCCCGGCCCGCUACCUGCUUCUGGCCCUCCGACCCUGUGCGGGCACUGCGGCCCGUCGGCCGGCCCCGGAGGGCACGAUGCUGGGUCUGGGGAUGACCUCGCGACGCCGCUGACCUUGGCCCCGGCAGCAGGAGGGCCCGGCACGGUGGCCCCUACCAGGACGGCAGCCCCAGCCAGCCCCGAGUAUCUGGAGGAGGAGUGGGAGCCGGCGGGAGAUGCCUUUGAUUCCUCGUUCCCCUCGAGACCCGGCAUCUGGUUCUCUUCUCGGCCGGUGAAGGAACUGUGGUCGAGCGCGGUCCCACCCACAGCGUCCAGAGCCGGUCCAGCGGGAGACUUGUCCACCCGGAUCUCUGCCUCCUUCAUCCGGCCAGAGGCGGGGACCCUCGCGGACUCCGCUUCCCAGGGCGUCCUGGCUUCUGAGGCUGAAACGUCGGGCUUGCCGAUCUUCGUCCCGUCCCCGCUCCCCUGGGACGCCCCCGGCAGCCAUCAGGCCUUGGGGGUCUCCAGCUGGGCCGACGAGAAGGUGCCACCCGGUGCCACGGGGGCCGGAAACCCGUCUGCCUCUCCCAGCCUGGCUCCUCUCGCCGAGAUUCCGCCGUUCUCCCUCCAAGGGGCCGCCAGCGUUUCCAAAGCGGGAUUGGGACGCAGCCUGGAUUUCACCCCCGGCCCUCCCUGGACACCCUUCCCGGAGCCUGUGGGGACGGCCUCGCCAACCCACGCCGGUCCGGCCCGGGGCUCCCCGGUGCUCUCGGCUCCGGCCCGGCUCCCCUCAGCCGGGAGCCCGGUCCUUCCCUGGACUGCACGGAGCUCAAACCUCUUCCGUUCAGACUCUCUGUCCAUUCUGAGCGACACGCUGCCGCCACCAUCACCGACCGGCUCCGCUUCCGGCUCCCUCGCGAUCCCGGAAAUGGCUUCGACAUCGCUCCCGGAUUCUGGAGACUCUUUGGCCUCCGCCUGGAACGCAGCUCCCUCUGCCACAGAGUCUUCGCUGGCCUUCUUUGGAUCCUGGGGGCCUCCGUCUGAAGGACCGCACCCCCAGCCAGUCCCCACCCGCAGCCUCUCUGACGGUGACCCUCAGACGGCAUCUGGGCCCUCCUCUUCCUCGGCUGCCCCGGUCUGGACGGAGGGGCCGGCCUCCUCCUCCUCACCCCCGCGGCCUUCAGGUGGAGGCCCUCGGCCCACGUCCUCCGGGCCCUCUUUCUCUGGAAUCCUGCCUAGUCGGGAGCUGGGGGUCUCAAGCGGACCCUGGCCACCGUCGCCCUCCCAACCGAUCUCUGAGAUGACCCCUUCAUCAUCCCCGUCAGGCUUUGUGGCUUUCUCAAACGGCCCCGCCCUGGGCCACCUCUCCGCUGGCCCCAGCGCGGUCAGUGCGGCCAGCGUCACGCCUGUGUUGACCACCACCGCCGGCAUCGGCCCGGGGGACCUGGGACCGACCCUCGGAACUCCGAGCACCCUACCCCUCCCAUCCUCGGGAGCCUCUAGGACCCCAUCCCUCCUACCCACAGUGACCCCCAGCACCCCAUCCCUCCCAUCCCCGGGGGCCACCAGCAUUCCGCCCUUCCCAUCCCAAGGGAUUCCCAGCACCUCACCUCUUCCAUUCCUGGGAACUCCCAGCACCCUUCCCCUCCAGUCCCAGGGGGUCCCCAACAACUCACCCCUCCCAUUGCCAGGAUCCCCCAGCAUCCCACCCUUCCCAACCCCGGUGGCCUCCAGUAGCUCCCCUCUCCUGUUUCCAGAAUCCCCCAGCACCCCGCUCCUCCCUUCUCCAGGAUUCCCCAGUACUUCGCCUCUCCCAUUCCCUGGAACCCCCACUAUCCCACCCUUCCCAUCCCGGGGGGCCUCCAGUAGCCUACUUCUCUUGUUUCCAGAAUCCCCCAGCACCCCGGUCCUCCCUUCUCCAGGAUUCCCCAGUACUUCACCUCUCCCAUUCCCGGGAAACCCCGGCACCCCACCCUUCCCGUCCCCGGGGGCCCCCAGCAGCGCACUUCUCCCGUUUCCAGAAUCCCCCAGCACCCCGUUCCUCCCUUCUCCAGGAUUCCCCAGUACUUCACCUGUCCCAUUCCCAGGAAACCCCGGCACCCCAUCCUUCCCAUCCCCGGGGUCCCCCAGUAGCUCACCUCUCCCGUUCCCGGGAGCCCCCAGCAUGCCCGGUGCGGUCAUCGCCACUCCGACCCCGGUCACCACCCGGCAGCCGUACGUGUGCGACAUCACUGUCCCCGACGCUUACCUCAUCACCGCUGUUUUGGCGCGGAGAGCGGUGCAGGAGUACAUCAUCAUGGCCAUCAAAGAAGUGCUGAGACUCCAGUUCAGCCGGGCCGUGGAGUUGGAGGUGUACGAGUUCUUCCCCGAGUUCUCCUUCCUGGUGACCUCGGGCCCGUUCGUCUAUACGGCCAUUGCCGUGAUCAACGUGCUCAUCAACAGCAGCCUGGUGCGUCACCGAACCCCCCUGAUCCUGUCCGUGCAGCCCACUUUCUCCGUGCCCGGCGCCCGCUACCAGGUGCAGACCGUGCUGCAGUUCGUGCCCCGCGGCGUGGAUCCGCGCUUCUGCAACUUCACGCAGCGCGUGGAGCGGGGCCUGCGCACGGCCUUCGCGGAAGUGAGGAAGCAGCAGCGGGAGACACACAACUUCACCGUGCAGAUCCUGAACGUGACCGUGGGGACCCCCUGGACGGGCCCCCGCCAGGGCCCCGUGAGCGUGGUCUUCGCGGUCCGCGGCCGGGACGGCUUCCUCAACGGCUCGGAGGUCAGCGAGCUGCUGCGCAACCUGAGCCGUGUCGAGUUCAGCUUCUACCUGGGCUUCCCCGUCCAGCAGAUCGCCGAGCCUUUCCAGUACCCACAGCUUAACGUCUCACACCUGAUGAAGUCAUCGUGGGUGAAGACAGUUCUCCUGGGGGUGAUCGAGCGGCGGCUGCAGAGCGACGUGUUCCGGGCCGAAAUGGAGCGCAAGCUAGCCCGGGUGCUCAGCGAGGCCCUGGCCGGCCGGCGGCUUUGGAGAAGGGCCAGCUUCGCCGGCAGCAGGGUGGUGCAGGUGGUGAACGUGUCCAGGCUGGAGGGAGACGACAGCCCGGUGCAGCUGGUCUACUUCGUGGAGGACCAGGACGGCCAGAGGCUCGGGGCCGCCGCCGCCUCCGAGCUCAUCAACCGCGUCGACCUCCAGAGAGCCGCCAUCAUCCUCGGCUACCGCAUCCGAGGCUCCCUCGCCCAGCCCUUGGACCGGGCGAGGGGCCUCCCCCCCGAGUCCCGGAGCAACAACCUGUGGAUCGCGGUCGGCGUGGCGGGGCCCGCCGUGGUGGUCGUGGCCGUCUUGGUCAUCCUCUACUGGAAACUCUGCCGCACCGACAAGCUGGACUUCCAGACUGACCCCAGUGGCACCGUCCAGCCCCGCCAGAAGCUGCAGGUCCCCAGCGUCAAGGGCUUUGACUUUGCCAAGCAGCACCUGGGCCAGCACAGCAAGGACGACAUCCUGACCCUCCAGGAGCCGGACGCCCCGCCGCCGCCGCCGCCGCCCGGCCCGGGGAAGGAGCCCGCGCCACCGCCGCCGCCGCCGUCGGAGAACGGAGAGGUGGCCGGCCCCGCGGGGAACCCGGCCGCCAAGGCCCCGCCGCCGGCCCGUCGCCGCGGGAGGGUGUCCCCGUCGGACGCGGACUCCUCGGAGAGCGAGCCGUCGAGCGAGAGGGAAGCUACGGACGAGCCCGCCGGCCUCCCGGCCCCGGCGGGCAGAGCCUCCCGAGAGCCCCAAGGUGGCCCGCUGGCUCCUGGGGGCGGGAACGAGCUGCCAUCCUCGGCGUCCCUCUUUGAGCACGUGGACCGGAUGCCCCGGGCCCCCGAGCCCGCCCGAAGGCUCCCCGGGAAGAUCCAGCUGAUCGCCAUGCAGCCCAUCCCGGCCCCGCCGCUGGCCGACAUGGCUCUGUCGGACCGCAUCGCCGAGACCAAUAAGAUGAACAAGGAGAUUCAGACCGCCCUGCGGCACAAGUCAGAGAUCGAACAUCACCGCAACAAGAUCCGGCUGCGGGCCAAGCGGCGUGGCCACUACGAGUUCCCCGUGGCAGACGACCUGGCGUCCGGCGACUCCCGCGAGCGGCACCGCGUCUAUCGCAAGGCCCAGAUGCAGAUCGACAAGAUCCUGGACCCAGGGGCCAGCGUGCCCAGCGUCUUCAUAGAGCCCAGGAAGAGCUCCAGGGCCAAGCGUUCCCCCAAGCUCCGGCGACGCCACCCUGCCACCAGCAGCAGCCCCGCCGACGCCGAGCGCGACCGCCUCCUCACCACCGACAGCGACGGCACCUGCAAGCGGCCCCCCGGCGUCCACAACUCCGCCUACGUCUCGGACCCCGACCUCCCCGCCGAGCCGCGGACGCCUUCCUCCGAGGAGCCGGGAGGGGAUGCGGACCAACCCACCGGCCCCCCGUACGUCCCGCCCCGCCCAUCCAUCGAAGAGGCCCGCCAGACCAUGCACUGCCUUCUGGAUGACGCCUUCGCCCUGGUGGCCCCCGGCGGCCCCUGUGCCACCCCCCCCGUGGCCCGGGCACCCCCAGCCAGCCACGGCACCCCCGGAGCUGAAGGGAGGCGAGCCGGCCCGUGGGGCCCCGUGUCGGUGGCCCACAACCCCGGCCACCGCUACGACAGCUACUGCCUGACGCCCCAACCGGCUCCAGCUCCGGCCCAGAGGCCUGGUUUCGGUCCCGGCUUCCUCCCACCCCCCGAGCCCCAGCAGCCGGUGGCGGGUGCCCCGUUCGCCACCCGCGGGGUUCCCGUCGAGCAGCUGCCGUCCGUGGCCCGACCCCGGCCCAUCGGGGGGGCCACAGGGCCCCAGGGGCAGCAGCUCGUCCCACUGGACCUCCCCGGCCGCAUCGCAGCCCAGCCCGUGGACGUCCCAACUGGAAGAGCCGGGCCCGGCCAGUGUGGGGGGCCGGGCUGGCCCUCGCUCGGUGGCCAGGAGCAGGGAGUGAGGAGAGGAGAGGCCAGCUAUCUGCUGGGAGUCCAAGAAUACCCUUCCUCCUCCCUGUUUCCGGGGCCCAGGACAGUAGCUCGGGAGCCCUCGGCCCCCUCGGCCCACCAGGGUCCCGGCUUCUCCCCCGGCGCCGCGGCGGACCCACCCCCGGCCCACUCCUCGGCCUCCCUGAUCAAAGCCAUCCGCGAGGAGCUGUUGCGUUUGGCCCAGAAACAGAGCGUGGGGGCUCCCUUUCACAGCUGAUUGCCCCGGCCGGGGCUCCAUCCGCUUCCCGUGGAAGCAAGGCGGCCAGGAGCCCCCACUGCCGGGAACCGGCCGGGCCCCGCGGGGCUCCGCUUCCUUGUCGGCUUGCUCCUGGACCCGGGGGACCGGAUUUCACCCGCCGCGGCUCGGAAGCGAAGGGUUCGCCCCUCGGAGGAACCCACCCCAUCCACUCCAGCCGGCUGAAGGGCUCUGUGGGAGACUCCUGACGGCGCCCAGCUAGGCAUCGGGUGGACCAGACUGACCGAAGCGCCCGUGGGGUUCAGCUGGGGACUGCUGGCCCUGGGAGCGAAGACGAUGGUGAUGAGAUGUGCCACCCACCCCUCUCCCCCUUGGGUUGGGGGGGGCACUGACCAAGAGGAGGCCCAGCUGACCAAUGCAGGAGCCAUGCGGGCCAACCUCUGCCCCAUCCCCUCUCCCGGCUCUUCCGGGGCACUGGGAGGUGACCAGGCUGGUUCUGGCCGGGGACUCUCAGCCCCUCUAGGAGCGAGAGAUUGGGCGGUGUGGCCGUUUCACCCAGCUUUGAGGACCGGGAUGAUAAUCCGGCCGCACCUGCGGAGUUUCUCGGUUUGGUUCUGGAUCAGGUGCUUGGAGGAGUUUUGCUUGGGCAGGGUUCAGGGCGCCGGGGUGGGCUGGCCAGGAGCCCCCAGUUCUCCGAGGAUCCCGAAGCACUUCUCCUGGGGGCGUGAGCAGCCGUCCACAACGGAGCCCCAAAGUCACGCCCGGGCAAGGUUGGGGUUCACCGCGCUGCCAGAGAGGACGUCCGUGACCUGCCCCUCCCUCUCUGCUUGCAGGAGGUGGGGGUGCGCCCCACAACCCUUGGGACAGCCCUGCACUUGGGCCAGGACCUGUUCCCCUCUGGGAGCCAGGGGGGUUGGGAGGGGAGAUUUUGGGGGCCCACUGGGACAAACUGGAAGUGAGUGUGCAGGCCAAAGGCCAAGGUAGUGCUACUUUAUGGGACUGAGCUCCUCAGAGUUGGUAUCUCACGCCGUGGUCGGUUGUCAGGACGAAGCUGGCCGCUCUGGGGCACGGUGGUAGCCAGUCGGGCUCUGACCGGGCCACGUUUGGGUCCCCCACAACUCUCCCGUGGAGCCAGUCAAGUUGGGGCAGUGAAAGGGAUGGGCCGGAGCUGAGGGGCCUGGUGCUCCCGCUGACCUGGGUCAUCCCAGGAUGUCCCAGGUGACAAGCCCGGGCCGAGACCCUCUCCCCCUACCCCAACCAUCCCUGUGUGCGGUUGGUGCAGGGGGUAUGUCCGUAGAGGGGUUCCUGAACCUCUGUGUUGUUCUCUGUUGUGGCUUGGGUACCAAUCAGCCCCCGCUGUGGGUGCGAAAAUAAGAGAUGCUGUUUUGCACA